CAAAGAGAGAAUCCGCCGGUGUUUAAAGGGAAGCAUGAUCCAGAUGCAGCCUUGGGAUGGUUGAAAGAGAUUGAGAGAAUCUUCCGUGUUAUGGAUUGCAGUCCAGCUCAGAAGGUUCGGUAUGGUACUCACAUGCUAGCAGUCGAAGCUGAUGACUGGGAAUUUCUGAGAAAGUAUUAUCCGGAAGAUGUCCGUGGUAAGAAGGAAAUCGAGUUCCUUGAGCUGAAGCAAGGAAACAUGUCUGUCACUGAUUAUGCUGCGAAAUUUGUGGAGCUGUCCAAAUUUUAUCCUCAUUACACUGGUGCUGGUGCUGAAUUUUCAAAGUGCAUCAAGUUUGAGAACGGAUUGCGCUCUGAGAUUAAGAAGGCUGUUGGGUAUCAGAAGAUACGCAUUUUUACUGAACUGGUUGAUAGCUGCAGGAUAUUUGAAGAGGACAAUAAUGCUCAUUACAAGAUUGUCAGUGACCGCAAGGGAAAGCAGCAUCAAAACCGUGGCAAGCCGUAUGAUGUCCCAGUGGGAAAGGGGAAACAAGGAGCUGCUCCGGCUCAGAGGACUAGUAGGGGAGGUGCUCCUGCUGGUAUAGUUUGCUUCAAAUGUGGUCAGGCUGGUCAUAAGAGUAAUGUAUGCACUGCUGAAGUAAAGAGGUGUUUUCGCUGUGGUAAGACUGGUCAUGCAAUAGCUGAUUGCAAGCACAAGGAGAUGAUUUGUUUUAAUUAUGGCGAAGAAGGGCAUAUUGGAAGUCAGUGUCAGAAGCCAAAGAAAUCUCAGACUGGGAAGGUGUUCGCAUUGACCGGAACUCAAACCUCCUGUGAGGACAGACUUAUCCGAGGUACAUGUCUCAUAAAUGGUACUCCUUUAAUUACUAUUAUUGAUACCGGUGCUACCCACUGUUUUAUUUCUGCUAACUGUGCUCGAAGACUGGGUUUAAAAUUGUCCGCUUUGGAUGGUGAAUUGAUUGUUGAGACCCCAGCUAAGGGAUCAGUAACUACUUCUUUGGUAUGUUUAAAAUGUCCUUUGUCGAUCUUCGAUAAAGAUUUCUGUGUUGAUUUAGUAUGUUUGCAGUUGGAUGGGAUGGAUGUAAUUCUUGGUAUGAACUGGUUAGAGUAUAAUUAUGUUCAUAUAAAUUGUCAUCAUAAGUCGGUGAGGUUUUCCACUCCUGAAGAGGAAGGAGUUGACUUAUUACCUUUCAGAGAAUUGCGAAAAUUGAUGAAAGAAGGAGCUCAGAUGUUUUCCUUGAUGGCGACGUUGUCGGUUGAAAGUAAAGCUAAGAUAGAGGAACUGUUAGUGGUGAAAGAAUUCCCUGAAGUUUUUCCUGAUGAAAUUCCUAGUGUGCCGCCAGAGAGGGAAGUUGAAUUUACUAUUGAUCUGGUACCUGGUACUAGGCCUGUUUCGAUGGCACCGUAUAGAAUGUCGGCGUCUGAAUUGUAUGAAUUAAAGAAGCAAUUGGAAGACUUAGCUGAUGAUGCUACCGUCGAAGGAGAUGCUGCUGAAGCAAUUCCUAAGCCCAUCAAUGUCAAAGACUCAUCUCCUGAGCCUCCCCCACUAAAGGAAAAACCAAGGAACCCUGGUACUGGCUCCCGGAAAAUCUGA